GUUUCCUUAAAAACCCUACCUUUCAGGAGUCGCUCAACAGAGGAUUUCUCUCAAUUUUCAUCCCAAUUUCUUGCAAACAUGGGCAUAAAGGGUUUAACGAAGCUUUUAGCGGAUAAUGCUCCGAAGGCGAUGAAAGAACAUAAAUUCGAAAGCUUCUUCGGCCGCAAAAUCGCCAUUGACGCCAGCAUGAGCAUUUAUCAGUUCCUUAUUGUCGUUGGGCGAAGCGGCACUGAAAUGCUUACUAAUGAAGCUGGAGAAGUUACUAGUCAUUUGGUAGGAAUGUUCACGCGGACAAUUAGGCUUUUGGAAGCUGGAAUUAAGCCAGUCUAUGUGUUCGAUGGUAAGCCACCAGAUUUGAAGAAACAAGAGCUUGCUAAACGUUUUUCUAAGAGGGCAGAUGCAACGGAGGAUCUAGAUGAGGCUGUGGAGACUGGCAACAAGGAAGACAUUGAGAAAUUCAGUAAGAGGACAGUAAAGGUUACAAAACAACAUAAUGAGGACUGCAGGAAACUCCUUAGACUUAUGGGAGUACCUGUGAUUGAGGCCACUUCAGAAGCAGAGGCACAAUGUGCUGCACUUUGCAAAUCAGGAAAGGUUUAUGCUGUGGCCUCUGAAGACAUGGAUUCCUUAACUUUUGGAGCUCCAAAGUUUCUUCGACAUCUAAUGGACCCUAGCUCCAAAAAAAUCCCUGUGAUGGAAUUUGAAAUUUCCAAGGUUUUGGAGGAGUUGAACUUUACCAUGGAUCAAUUUAUAGACUUGUGCAUUCUUUGUGGAUGUGAUUAUUGUGACAGUAUUAGAGGUAUUGGUGGCCAGACAGCCUUAAAGCUCAUUCGCCAACAUGGCUCAAUAGAGAGCGUAAUCGAGAACAUAAACAGAGAAAGAUACCAAAUCCCAGAUGAUUGGCCAUAUCAAGAAGCUAGGAAGCUCUUCAAAGAACCAGAAGUUGUCACAGAUGAAAACCAACUUGAUUUCAAGUGGAAUGCUCCAGAUGAAGAAGGACUUAUAAACUUUUUGGUAAAAGAAAAUGGGUUCAGCAUCGACAGAGUUACAAAGUCAAUAGAAAAGAUCAAGGCAGCAAAGAACAAGUCUUCGCAGGGGAGAUUAGAAUCAUUCUUCAAACCAGUUGCUAACACAUCAGCGCCUCUUAAAAGAAAGGAAACCAAGUGCAUCCUUGGAUCUCCUAAGUCUCAAGUCAAUCUUAAGAUGAUUUUUGGGAAAGCAACUCUGAAAUACAGGCCCAGGGUCAUUGGCCGCUUUGGCCUGCCAACUCCGAAUAUUGGCUCAAAGCAGUCAUUGCUUUUAGCAGGAGUUGGCUUCUUCGGCACGUGAACCUGAAAAACCUUGGAAGCAGCGGAGAAAAUUGAAAAGGAGAAUACAAAUAAGAAGUCGAAGUCUGGUGGUGGAAAGAAGAAGAAAUAAGUCAUUUUUUUCCUUUGAAGUGCCAAAUUGGUUUGUGGAGCCAGUUCUAUGCUGGCAAGGUGAGGAAUUUCCAGAUGCCGCAACAAACUUGGGAUUUCCAGAUGGUGUGACAAACUUGUGUUUCUUGUUGUGCUGAAAAUGUCCGUCAAUGAGAUGUGUAAUAUGACUGCAGGAUGAUGUGUCUCUGGAUUGGUAGACCAUUUUGUCAUCUUGGCUUUACUUCUAGUGUACAGUUGUUCACAAUGUCAGAGAAUUUCGUCCUCUAACUGCUAGUCCUUUUGAAUAUCUAUCGAGAAUUGAGUCUAAAAAUUUUCAUACCAGGAAGGCAGUUGCUGUAGCCAUGUUAAAGACAAAAUGAUUUCCUCGCCAAAAUAUGCAAGUCCUAAGUUACGAAUGGAGAAAUGGCAUGGUCCUUGCACGUGGCUUCUUCGCAAGGUCAAUACGCACAAGUCCAGGAGUCUUCCAAAUUUUUGUUAAUCAGUAAUCUAAUAACACUAAGAAUUUAAUGCAAGUCAGGCAUCGAUUUGUCUGCAAAAGAUUCUCUUCACUCGUACCAGGGGCGUACGUACUUUAGCUCCGUCUGUUGUUAUGCACACGGGCUCGAAGGGUUAAAAGUGGCUAAGGUGGAUAACAUAAGGAGAGCAUCGCCAUGGAUUAGGAGAGUUAGCAAUAAAUUCCAGGUACUUGCUUUUAAUUUCCUUGGAUUACGAUCACUUGAUAAUUGUCAUGAUGUGCGGCUCUAUCACACGGAAGACAAUCUGAAAGCAGUCACUCCUUGAGGUACAAAACCUUAUGAGCUCCUUCAACUCAAUUGUCAAUCGAACCACCAUGGGUACUUUGGUGGGGGGAAGUUUUAGAUGAAGUUGGUAAUUAGCGUACUCAACCUGGGGAAGGAGGUGAGAUGAUUGGUGUUCAUAUGUCGGGUUACACUUCAGCAUUUCAUGAGAAUGAUACGUACGUACUUGCGCUGCAGCCAGUUUGAGAAAGAUACUGAACAGGAGAAAAUAUCCAUGCCAAGGACCCAAUAUCCUUCCUGGUGGAUAUUCUAAGCGGACUCCCUACUAGACGUGUCCCCUGUGUCAAAGGGUCUGCCAAAGAUGGAAGGCCUUAACAGUUAACAUCACAUUUUCUUGAGUUGCAUAUGAAACACACUCUUCCAUCCAUCAUUACCCAGAACAGGUGAAGGGACGUAUGCUUGGUUAACAAAUGGCCGUGAGGAGUAACAAAAAAAUAACCCCAAAAUCCCCAUAUGUACACCCACUCUAUUUAUCAUCCGAUAUUGCACCCACUAUCUACCUUCAGCACCGUAGAUGCAUGGAUCUCCGAACACAAAAACAUUUCAUGAUACUCAAUCCUACCACCGAGGAAAUAGUUGAGAUACACACCCCACUUCGAACUCGAAUUUAUGCAGUCUUUUCCCACCCAUUCCUAUAUCAACCCUUUGUGCCAUAUGUGGUAAUAUUCAAGAAGAAGCCGUGCAAUUCAAAUUUCUCAAUCUGGGAUUAGAUUCUUGCUGAAGAAAGCUUCGAUCAACUCGUGUAAUUUCACACCAACCCCGGCUUAAAACUAUGCUGUGAGGUGUUGUUGGUUCGUGAUGUCUUUCGCUUUGGGCUUUGAUUCAUUGGCUGUGCUGUUUCUGCGGUCGGCUGGCUUGGCUCAUAUGAACUAAAGGGAGAAAAAGUUGUUGCACCAGAUGUGUCUCCAGAUUGAACCGGAUUUUUACAUGCUGAAGAGGCUGGUUUGUCUUCAAAUUGUGGAAGUUCUUCGUAUUCCAUAGUUGAUGCUUUAGAUGAUGAUCCUUCUUCUUCAGUCGGUGGAAGCAGGAUUGAUGUUUCGGUGGUAUCUGAGAAGCAAGCAAUUAUAGUAUAUUUUGCAACUAUGGUGUUUCCCAGUGCAUGAGUGAAUUUUCUCACUUGAAGACAAAAAAUGUGAUUUGCUAGUCUUCUGUUGAUGCUUGGAAUAUCUGGCUUUUCAUUCUGCUAUAAUAUAUCUUUGUAUUAGUAAGUGUUAUUUAUUUUAUUAGUGAAACAACUAUAGAUAUUGUUGUAUGUAAGUAAAGUCUUGCCUUUUGCUCCAUUGCAUGUCUUCUGGAUUGAUUUGUAAAAUAUGUUGAGCAGUCUGGUCUUCAAUUAUUGCAGUGAAUAUGCCAGAUACAUCAGACACCUG